CCACCUCCCCCGUCCCGCUCCCCGCCACCGCCGCCGCGCGCGCAGCGUACGCCGUCGCCUCGCCUACACGUGGCCCCAAGACGUGGGUCGGAAAAAGGAGAUCGGCUCUCGCUGCUCUCCGCUCUUUCUUCCACCAGCCACCGUCUCCUGCCAAGAAGCAAAAGCUUUUGAAGGAGUUCGAAUCCGCUUCUGCCUUGGGGUUUGAGCUAGCGCUCCAAAUCCAAAUCCGCUUCCUACCCGCGCGCGGCGACCCCUCUACUACUUUGCCUCUGCUACCGCUGCAGCGCCCCCACGCCCUGCUGCUCUGCGAUUUGUUAGGGUUUCGGGAGCUCGGGGCCACGUCAUGGCGACGCGGGGAGCAAAGCGCGCCGCCACCUCUGACCCCGCGAAUCCCGAGCUACCAAGUAAGAGAGUAAUGGACGGACCCUCUUUUGAUGUUCACAGGGCGGAGUCUUCCCAUCAACAUAUGAUGGCAGGACCCGCUACUUUAGAUCCUCAGCGGGCUGAAACUGCAAGCAAGCAUGUGAGAGCUCUCAAUACCCAGUUUGCUAGCUGGGUACAAUCACAGUUGCAAAAUCACCCAGCCGAACUUUGGGAGGAUGGAAUGAAGGACUACCUAUCCCAUGCUUCUGAAAUAAUGGACAAAUUCAAGGAUGUUGUCAAUUGGCUUAGGCAAAAUAAAACAGGUUCAGCAGCUCUGUUGUCCCCAAGUACACCAAAUGAUGACAAGACUACUUCGCCAGCAACUGUAGACAGCAAGUUUAUGGUACAACCAAGUUCAGAUAAUGGACAGAAAGUUCCAGUUACAGUAGUUAGCUCUCCAGCUUUUCAGAAUUCCAGCUCACCGAACUUGUUUUCGUCUUCUAAUGAAAAAACGCCAGUUUUUACUGGCAUUUUUGGUGGCAACAAAAACAUGCCCGGUGAUAGCAACAAACCAACUUUCCAGUUUGGUGCAAAUAAUGGCUUUUCAACACCAAGCACGCCACCCAUUUUUUCUACUUCAGGUGCCCAGAGUUUUAGCAUGCCAACCCAGACACUGUUCUCAGUUAACCAACAGCCGGUUGUCUCAGGAAUCAAAAAUACUGCCGAAGCUUCAGCUGAUGCAGAUGAAGAUGCAGAACCUGAGCAACCGAGCAGCCCUUCUGUAAAGAAGGCAGAAGAGCAAGGAAUCAUUGUUGUUCAUGAAGCCAAAUGCAAGGUCUAUGUUAAGCAUGAUGAUGCUAGCAAAGGUUGGAAAGAUAUUGGUGUUGGGCAGCUCAACAUCAGGUGUAAAGAAGGAGCUGAGAGAGCCUCCAAAGAGUCCAGUCCAACCAUUGUUAUUAGAAAUGACGUGGGAAAAAUUCUUCUGAAUGCUCUGAUCUACAAGGGGAUAAAGAUGAAUGUUCAGAAGAACACAGUAGCUUCGAUAUUUCAUACCUCAGAUGCACAGUCAAGCGAAUCAGUCAAUGCCACUGUUGUAGCUCGAACAUACUUGUUCCGAUUGAAAAAUGAGGACGAGGCUACAAAGUUGUCGGCUGCAAUUAAGGAGAACGCGCCAUCAGAAUGAUUCCUCUAUGGGUUAAACCCUAACCAGUGCUUGGGCCAAAGGAUUCCUUGCACAGCUUUUUGCCCUCCCAAUUGCAGCAGAGUACACGGGGAUAAAAAUCCGUGAUGCUUCUGAGCUGGCCGGCCAUGUAUCACCAAUUUUCCUGGCGUUGUAUCGUCCUAAUUUGACACUGCUAAGGCUAUGAGAUUAUCACCUGAGUGCUGAGGGAGGCAUGGCUUAAAUUAUAGUAGAUGGUUGAACACCUGCUUGCUGCUAGCCUAGUCUUUAGACUUUGUGCAAUCAAUAUAUAUUUAUUGCAAACACAUUCUCCGGUCUGAAACCUCGGGGUAUGCCGUUCAAUUUUUGUAUCAUUUCUUGAUAUUUUCUUUUUGCCCCCAAGGAUAGCUGGUAGACUUGUACUUGAUGGCUAACGUAUCUCAAGCAAGGAUCAGAUAAACUGGUUUUUGAAAAUGGCCUACCGUGGUACCAUCAUGUUUUAAUC